AUGAAUCAAACAACAUCCAUGGAAAGCCAAGGAAGUGUUCAUCUCCCCAUGGAUGAGCUUUCGCUCCAUUUCACUCGAACCCACAGGAAGAACACCACCAUUUUCGAACCACAAAGCAGCAUGGAUACAGCCCACAGCAGCAACACGACACCAUUUUCCGGUCAACAAGUGGUGGCCGGCGCCAGGGCACCCGAGAAGAAACUCACUCUCUUCGCCCUCCGCCUUGCUAUUCUGGAGAAAGCAGCCACCGGGCUAGGAACCCUAGGCUUCAUCUGGGCCACCGUGGUUCUGUUAGGUGGCUUCGCCAUAACAAUCGACAAAAUUGAUUUCUGGUUAGUGACCGUUAUUUUAUUGAUUGAAAGCACUAGGAUCUUUAGCCGGAGUCAUGAACUUGAAUGGCAGCACCAGGCCACCUGGUCACUAGCCGACCCUGGAGUCAGUAGUUUUCGAGCGAUAAGGUCUAGCUCACACGUGGUUCUCAAGGCGGUUAAAACAGUGGCUCAGCCACUUUCUGGGACGUCCGUUGGAAGUAGUGGGAAGAUUAACGAGAGUCCACGGAUGAUAAACUGUACAACCUACUGGGAGAGGAAAAAAGCACCAUCUCGGACUUGGACGACUUCUGAUGUUCCUAUUCUUCCAUAUGGCAAAUCGGUUUUCGUUUCUAGCAAUAUCAGUAAGCUUCUUUAUUGGCUACAACUAGCAUCUGCGACGGUUUGCGUGUUUCUUUCGGUCACGAGACUCGUAAAUCACAACUUUGGAGACGUUCAUAAAGGAGAUAGCGAAAAAUUGAAUCGAAAAUCGGCUCUAACCAUCUUCUAUGGAUUGGCGUUGGCUGAGGCUUUGUUGUUUCUUUUGGAGAAAACGUAUUGGGAGUGGAAUGUGAUCUACAAGAAGAUGUUAGAGAAGGCGAACGAUGAGUUGGAACUUGGAUGCACGGGAAUGGUUUCAGUUCGGAGGUUUUUCUACGAUGCCUAUUCUAAAUGUGUUAAUAGAAGCAUCUUUGAUGGAUUGAAAAUGGAUAUGGUUUCUUUCGCUAUGGAACUCUUGAACUCGGAUUCAUCGGAUGAGCAACUCAUUGGGGUUCGAAUCUUUGAGCGAUUCACAACAAAUCCACGGUUUUCUGAAGAUACCCUUCAGAAGAUCGGAAUCACGAUAUCAGUGAUAGAACGGUUGGUCGAAAUGCUUAACUGGAAAGACCCACAAGAAGAGGAGAUUCGGAAUUCAGCAGCAAAGAUCUUGGCGAAACUUGUUGGGAAGAAGCAAAAUGCUCUUCGGGUUGCCGGAAUUCCAGGUGCAAUGGAAUCGAUAUCUUCAUUGUUGCAUGUUAACAGAAAUUCUGGUGCUAUUAUAUGCGGUGAAGUAUGUAAAAAGCAAAUCAUCGUAGAUCAAGAAAAUUAUGGGUUUUGGGCAUUCAAUCAAUUAGGUCUUUUGAUUCUAAAGAAACUUGCUCGUGAUCAUGAUAACUGUGGAAAGAUUGGAAACACAAGAGGUCUUCUAACAAAAAUCAUCGAUUUCACACACGCAGACGAACGAUUAUUAACAAACGAAAGGGUCACAGAAUCUCAGAUUUCGACUGUGAAAAGAUCGUUACAAGUGGUGAAGAUGUUAGUGAGUUCAACCGGCGUUACUGGUGAACAGCUUCGAACCGAGAUAUCUGAGGUGGUGUUCACAAUAAGCUACAUCCGAGAUAUAUUAAGGUAUGGCGAGAAACACCCAAGCCUACAGAAACUUGGCAUCGAUAUCUUAACGAGUUUGGCACUAGAGAAUGAUGCGACAGAACGGAUCGGAGGCACCGGAGGAGUUUUAAAGGAAUUAUUCAACAUUUUCUUUAGAGAAGAAAUGCUUGAAAACCAUAAUCAUGUAAGAAUUGCAGCCGGAGAAGCACUUGGAAUGCUGGCAUUCGAAAGCACACAAAACUGUCAUCGGAUCUUGAAACUGAACGUUAUUCAGAAGCUUAACGACGCUUUGGACAAUCCGUUGCUUCGCGUAAAUGCUGCAAGAAUUCUAAGAAAUUUGUGCAUUUACAGUGAAACAGGUUCCUUUAAACAGCUAAGAGCCAUAAUCACAGCUGCACCAACUGUACUCAAGGAAAUCAUGACAAAUGACUUUAAGUUACAAGAAGUGAUGGUGGGACUAGCAGCACAUAUGUUCAAAUUUAUGACAUCUGAAGAAACAAAGGCCAUGUUUGAAAGAAGUGGGAUUCUGGAUGGUGAAUUAGCCAUGGUGCUAGUGGAAACCUUGAAGAAGCAUCCACACCCACAAACUAGGACUCCAAGAAUAAGGAGAUACGUGAUAGAAUUAGCGAUCUGGAUGAUGAAAGAUAAAAGAAGAAACAUUCAGACAUUCAAGAAUCUGGGAAUGAUGGAAGAAUUGGAAGGUGUUACAGAGACUACAUCUGAAUUAGAAAGCUUUAAUAUCUUCUGUGGUGCAAUUGGAUUGAGUAGAUAUAAGAUAGCAAUUCAUUCAUUAGUUGAGACAGCAAUGAAUUUGAUGGCUGAUGAAUAUAUUCACAGUGAAUAACACAUAAUCUACUGCAUGAUUUAGAUCUAUAUGU